AUGGAACCAUCCACCGUCGAGGCCGACGCUGAACAGCACAGUUCAAACUCUGAACAUGGGCCUAGCGAAUUGGCUUCUGAUGAACCAGGGACACGGCAAGGUGCACCACGAUAUACUAUACCCGCACGGAAGCUUGCUGCCGUUGAGAUCCCCGCCGUUGUACAGGAUGUGGAUCGUGCAGUGAGGGCGUUUGGUCGAGUCGCCAAUCUGAACCAUGUCUUGGACCCAGACAACCACUCCAUCCCAUUAUUUAUGAACCCAGAUAGCCCGUUUUGCAAACCUUUAAUGUCCCACAAUGCCAAAUCUCACAAUGUUGUUCUCAAAGUCACCGUCCCCAAACGGACAGGACGAAAACGCAAGAGAGGCAGCGAGGGGCCUUGGCAAGGAGAUGUUGAUGUUGUAGACUCGGGCGAGCCUCCCUCUUCCCAUGGAAAUGUGUCCUCUCAGGCGCGUAUGGAUGACCCUAAGCUUCUGAAGAGAAAACUGCAGGAAAAUGUGGGCAACUAUGAGGUAGAAAUCGCGGGCAUAAUUGAGCAUUCACAUCGUUUUCGAGGUCUUGCAGACUUUUACUGGGACAUGUCAUCGAGGUCAGAUUUUGCUCGGAGAUAUAUCGAUCAAGUUCUUCCCGGUGAUGUGGAAAAGAUGAAGGAGUUCAAAUUCAAGCCCGGUGUUGAUCAAGGUCCGAAUGUUGACGUUAUUCCACCACCUGUCUUCACUCAUAUGAGCAUGCCAUUCAACUACUUCUAUUCUCAAAACCCAUACGUCCGGACCACAGAGGAUGGCAAUGCAUUCAAUGCAUAUGCAGCUCAACAGAUUGGAUAUUUCAUAGCAGCUGAAGAUCCGACGCCCCAAGGUCCGCAGGUUCCGCCAGACAUGACAGAUCCUCGGACUGUUGAAGUGAUUGCAGAAUUAGAGGUCGCUUUCGAAGAAAGACCGCUGUGGACUCGCAGAGCUUUGAUGAAUCGGCUGGGAGGGAAACUACGGAACUGGAACGAGCUGAAGAAGUAUCUCAACUAUGUGGCAUACCAGUUCAAGGGCGGCCCAUGGAGAGACGGGGUUGUUCCGUACGGACUAGAUCCUCGAACUGACCCAAAGUAUCGGAUAUAUCAGACUCUUAUGUUCAAGCUUUUGUCUAAACACAGAAGCACACGGCACUUUCAGUCCUGGCAUAGCCUACGUGCCAAUCAAGCCGGAGAUCUGGAUACAUCCCAGACUCAUCUUUUUGACGGGGAGACUUACCAUACAGACGGAAAGGUCUGGCAAGUUUGUGACAUUACAGACCCUCUACUCCGCAAACUUCUGGAUAACGCAGCCGUGCGUCCAACUCGGGACAGCAAUAGCGGGUGGUACCAUGGCGGGAUGUGGGCGAAAGUGAAGGCCAUAAUGAAGACCAAACUUGUGGCGAUCCAAUUUAAACGCCAUCUCACCGACAGAGACUUCGCCUUAACCCUUCGCGCUGGAGACGAGACGCCGGUUCGAUCUGGAGGGCCAUCCACAUAUGUCGUGCCGCUCCCAAACCUGUACUUGACAGACAAGGAGAUAACACAGCUUCGAGGUCGUCUUCCUUCCAAAAAGGCAAAACAUAAAGGGUAUAGCGUCAGGUUUCGUGAACCGGCUAAGGACGAGGAUCACACUGAGGAACCCUCUAUUGCAGAUGAAGACGUCGCUGCAGAGAAUGACAACGAUUGGUUGCAGGAGAUGGGAUCCGAUAAUGAAGAAGGCUCUGGCAGUGAGGAUGGAAGCGAGAGUGAGAACGAUUCGGUGGCAGAGGACUAUUCGGGAUUUCCUAUUCAACACGGCAUGGACGAGGAUGAAAUGACGGGUAGUGAUAAAGAUGAUUAA